AUGGCACGCCACAAAUUAACCCCCGUCCUGAUGACAGGUAGUCUACUGUUAGGACUAACGCUCGCUAUCGGCCAUCAUUUAUUUUACGAUUAUUUGAACGAUCGAAUUGUUCAAAGUCAGAACCAACAAGAGUGGUUUUUACGUAUCGGCACUGGAAUGGCCUUUCUGGUUAGGACAUUACUGUCAGCAGCUAUUGGCAUUGCAUAUGUACAAAUUAUUUGGAAGACGCUCAAGUUUAAAUCUGUUACAGUAAAUGGUAUCAACUCGCUUUUUGAUGCUUUGCAUAAUGCCUGGAAUUUAACCACUUUGGAAUUGUGGACUGCGGCGCCGACCCUUACAGCUGUAGCUCUUGUAGCUUGGGCUCUUCCACUGAUCGCUGUUAUCACACCCGCUACUCUAAGCAUAGAAAUAUCCUCGGAACAGAAUAUCACAGUGAUUGAUAGUCUCAUUCCAAAUAUCGACUAUGACAACAACAUUGGCUUCUUUGGUAGCUGGUAUCAGAAUAACACUGUUUUCCCCUCAUCCUUAAUAUCCAGACUACUCUUACCAGUUGCAACACUUGGUUAUAUCCUCAACAUACCCGCCCCUUUCCCCAACUCGUCAUAUUCAAUCGACUUUUAUGGUCCUUCAAUCUCUUGCACAAUCCCCGAAAAUGCUGCAUUUAUAGACCGUAUAAGCCAGACCAUCGCUAAUUUUUCUCGACCAUGGGGGAACGUGACAUACGUCGGUUUUGUUCCGACUGCUGCGAUAUAUCCUGAUUCUCCUCCCGAGGUCAUCACGCGGGAAGACUAUGCCAUCGAAGGGCUGCGUAGAGCUUUGAACUAUACUCUAGUCUACACGGCAAUAUCUCUUGACCCUACUGAUUACGUAUCUAAUCAAGGAUUCUUUGAGCUCAAGCCCGCUUCAUUCUAUGUUACCACACCAAAUAGACCGGGUGGAUCAGCAGAGAAGACAUUCAAAUGCGAGCUCUACAACACAUCAUACACGGUCAACUUCACAUUCGACAACGGUCUGCAAAAUAUCCGAUACAAAACCGAAAGACUGAAUGGAGUAACAGCCUUGCUUUCUAACGACUGUCAUUCCCAGAGGCAAUCUGAUGGCUGUAAUGCUGUCACAGCUUACUUGUCACUCAUGAGUGCCAUAGGAGACCUGCUUUUAGGAGCGCGAUGGAAUUCUCUCGACGGUGUGGGCGCAUCACAUCGCACGCCCAUAGCAUCUACUGUCCUUCUCGAGUCUUCGGAUAUGCAUAUGAUCGAUCCCAACGAUAGACCGAAGUUUGCCAUCAAGAGUAUGCCAAUGGGUGAAACGCUCGAGGAGCUUUUUACCAAUUUAACUAUUAGUCUCUUCAGCAACUACAUAUUUUUGCAGAACGACACUACAGCAUCAUAUAUUCCUGUCACGAGGUUUUCAGCACAGAACGCCUUUUCAUAUGAACCUCGAAAUUUAUUUAUUGCAUAUGUCUAUGGACUACUCUGCAUUAAGUCGUCGUCGUCAUCGUACACAAACUCCUUCUCGACUAUUUUGCGGACAACGAGGAAUCCAGACCUUGACACUGUUAUCUCUGCUGCGGAAACGUCAGGGGCAGAGCCUUUGUCGAAGACCCUUGGAAACGUUCGACUUACAUUACGACGACAAGGAGACUGCUUGGAGGGUGGUGGUGAUAAAGCUACCUUUUUUGCUGUUGACUCGAGAGGAGACGAUGGGAAGAAAGCACGGGAAGCAGCACCGACUGAAUCUUUGUUGAAGCAGAACGGACAAAGCCAACAUUCAGAUACGGAUGAGAUAUCGAGUACGCAGGAGGGUUCAGAUGUUAAUCUCUAUCACAGGAAGGACAAUAAUGCAAAUGUCGCCUCUGAUAACUAG